UUGAAUUUCUAUACUCCAAGUCCAAAUAGUGAUUUCAAUUUCGUGAUUUUGGACUCAAAGCUGGUUGGUUGGGUUGCAAAUUGCAAUUGAAUGAUUAAUUAACGCUUCUUCGAUUUCGAUUUCGGUUUCAUACACUCAACUAUACAUACUUUGCAGACGAAUUUGGGGUUUCAAAUUCCAUUCCAAUGUCUGACGUCGAAAAUCAUACCUUCCAUCGUGGUUCUUCAAAAUCUUCCCCCGAUAAGUCAAAUUCUCAUGGAUCUGGUCGUGAGAGUACGAGGAUGAGGAAGCAAGAUGGGGAGAGGAGAGAUUUUCAUGACCGCCAUCACAGAGACUACAAGGAUGGAGGGUUCAAUGGAAGGGACAGAUAUAACAGUUAUAAUCGUCACCGCAGCCGUGAUUAUGAUAGGCAUAAUGACCGUGUUAAAGAUGGUGAGAGAAGGCACAAAUAUGAAGCACAUUCUAAGAGAUCCCGGGGAGAAUCUAGAUCACCAUCCAGAUCGCCUUCUCGUUCAGAAAGCAAAAGGAUCUCUGGCUUUGACAUGGCACCUCCUUCUGCAGAUGGCACAUCUGCUGUUUCAGGUCAAACACUGGGUAUUAAUCAUUUAAAUCAAGGAACUGCACAAAACUUCUCACUGUUUGGGAUAUCGCAGCCCCAGAUAGGAGCACUUUCCUUAAUGCAAGUUCAGCCUAUGACACAGCAGGCUACAAGGCACGCACGGAGAGUGUACAUUGGUGGGCUUCCUCCUUUGACUAAUGAGCAGUCAAUUGCAACAUUCUUCAGCCAUGUCAUGACUGCUAUUGGGGGAAAUUCUGCUGGAGCAGGUGAUUCUGUUGUCAAUGUCUACAUCAAUCAUGAGAAGAAAUUUGCAUUUCUGGAAAUGAGGACUGUUGAAGAAGCUAGUAAUGCAAUGUCAUUAGAUGGGAUAGUAUUUGAGGGUGUUUCUGUGAGGGUUCGUAGGCCUACAGACUAUAACCCUACAUUAGCUGCAGCUCUAGGUCCUUGCCAGCCAAGUCCAUACCUUAACUUAUCUGCCGUUGGAUUGUCUGGAGGUACAAUUGGUGGAACUGACGGACUUGAUCGCAUCUUUGUGGGUGGGCUGCCAUACUACUUUGCUGAAGAACAAAUUAGAGAAUUGCUCCAAGCUUUUGGCCCUCUCCGGUCUUUUGAUCUAGUUAGGGAUAAAGAAACUGGAAAUUCUAAAGGAUAUGGUUUCUGCAUCUAUCAGGAUCCAGCGGUAACAGACAUGGCUUGUGCCUCUCUCAAUGGCCUUAAAAUGGGCGACAAAACAUUGACUGUAAGGCGUGCUACUGUCAGUGGACAUUCUAAAACAGAGCAGGAACACAUCUUUGCACAGGCUCAACAGAAUAUAACUAUGCAGAAAGUAGCUUUAGAAGUGGUCGGGUUAAAUAUCCCAGGAGUUGAAAGAGUGCCAACAACAAUUGAUGAAAGCGCCACCAAAGUUUUAUGUUUGACUGAGGCCAUUACAACUGAUGAAUUGAUGGAUAAUGAGGAGUAUGAAGAAAUAGUGGAGGACAUGCGGGAUGAAUGCGGCAAAUUUGGGACCUUGAUGAAUGUUGUUAUUCCUCGUCCAAAUCCCAGUGGAGAGCAAACUCCCGGCAUUGGAAAGGUUUUCUUGGAAUACUCUGAUACAGCUGCUUCUUUCGCGGCCAAAAGUGCGCUGAAUGGUAGAAAAUUUGGUGGCAAUAUGGUGACUGCUUAUUAUUAUCCAGAAGAAAAGUUUCAUAAUAUGGAGUUUGAUUUAUAAUCAAAUGUAAUAGGGAAUCAUCAUCUAUAUGUAAAGUCCGUAGUUCACUUUUCGUGACUCCAAGUUUUGAGUGUAACUCUACAGUUUAUUAGAUAUAAUCGGUAAUAUUAUUUCUGGUAAAUUUAUAUGUCGAUUCUAUUGUCAUUGACGUAUCAUUGCCUUCAUGAAAAAAACAACUUAAAUUUUUUUCUA